AUGGCGCCCUCGUUCACAGAUGCCUGGAAGACUGCGCUAGGAGCCGAGAAGGAGCUCUUGCAAUGUUUCUCGCAAGAACGGCGCACAUUUGAUGAAUUCGAACAUUUUCUCUCCGAGUUUCGGACUUCCUCUCAAAAUGCGAUUCUCCUUGACUUCAAUGCUGCUCGCAAAGCCGACGUCGAGAAUCGUCUCUGGGAUGCACAUUUGAAAGUGAACAAUCGGUUUCGCAAGCAGUUGCUUCGCUUCCGCGAAGAGCACGGCAAAAAGAAACCAGUCGAGCGACGGAAGCUCGAACGCCAUUAUCUCGAUUUCAUCAAAUCAAGUCAACGAUUUUACCGAGGAUUUAUUCAGCAUUUGUCGUCGCGCUUUGGAGGGAUCGUUGAAUUGGAGAGGGUUGCGCGCAAAUUCAAUUUUGAGAAUUUGUCGGGCCAACCUCCCAUAAAGCCCUCCAAUGACUUGCGCAGGCUCAUUCUUCUGUCGUGUCACGCGACCCUCAUUCGAUUAGGAGAUCUUUCACGUUAUCGCGAAUCGGAACUCGUCAGCAAGGAUCGUAACUGGGGCCCUGCUAUCGGUUAUUAUGAUUUGGCGUCGGUGAUCAACCCUGCGUCGGGUGCGUCUCAGAACCAAUUAGCGAUUAUUGCGCUCGCAGAUGGAAACCACCUUCGCGCUACCUACCAUCUCUAUAGAGCUCUUUCGGCCCAAGAGCCUCAUCCUACAGCCAAGGGGAAUCUGGAGAUUGAACUUCGAAAAAUUAUGAGCGCCUGGGCUAAAAGAGAGCUAAUUCGCCCCGAAGAUGCCGGUAUCCCCGGAAGGGCGCUGACCCCGUGGUUUCUCUAUCUGCAUGCCAAAUGUUACAAAGGAAUCGACUUUCCGGAGCACGAUGAGUUGGAGAGUGAAGUACUAAGCCAACUAGCGGUUGAAAUUAGAGAACGUUCGCUAGAAGGAACGCUCCAAAAGUUCUGUCUCAUCAAUAUUGCGGCCGAGGAUUUUGCCAAAGUUCGGUCCACUGAAGAGUCUGUCUCGGAUGCCCGCGUCUUUUUCCAGCGAAUCAAUGUCAAGACCUUUUUCACCUUACUGCAAAUACUCUUGGUCGAAUUAGAACGAACUGCUUCUUUCGAGGACUCGAAUAGCAAGGACGCACUGCCUGUUCCAGACAAGGUGUCAGUGGUUGCUCGUCGAAUUCUGCCCGCGCUCCGCCAUUACAGCUCGUGGCUACUUACGAACAGUCAGUCCCUGGUUGAGCAAAAAGAAGAAAAAGAUUCGUCGCUUUCGAUUCAGAUCAAAGAGUUCUGGAAAAUCUACGCUGGUACACUGAGCUUGCUCGCAUCAUCCUUCGAUGUAGUUAGCCUUCCCGAGGUCGAUUACCUCUUAGAAGAAGAUGAAGAAAGUCUUGGCUUCGCACCUCUGGACCAGGAUGCCACUUCUCGCCGAUACGUCGGAGGCGGCGAUCGCCCAAAGCCUCGUAUGCAUGAUCUUGGGAUCGAAAGAAGUCAUCCCAACAUGGAAAUGCUCUACCGAAUUCGUGAAUUUGUGAUUGAUGGACUUGACCUCGUCGUGAGAGGAAAAAUCCCCGUGGCACUUGUGGAUAGUGAAGAUAAGAAGACAUUUAUCUACCAGGAAGAAGAUCUGCCUUCGCAAUUCUAUUCUAGUCCUCAUGGCCGACAGCAUGCUCUUUCAGCUGCGAGCAUUGAGCGUGAGGAUAUUCCACAGGUCGCUCAAAAUCCCUAUGCUGCUACAGAAGCUCAAAGUUUAUCUGGUGGUUCCCAGUCGGCAUCGGCAUCCAUGUCUGCCAACAUGCACCAGAUCGUUGAGGGCGUCGAGCGACUUGUUGACUCGGACACAUAUGAAAACCCACCCAACGAUCAAUUUGCUUUCCUGAGCCCAGUGGGGGAAAUGCCGACACCUACGCACGUGUCAUCCAAUCCCAUUUAUCCAUUCCGCGAGGAAAACGUACCACAAAUCGCCACCCCAAUCGCUCCUCCGCCUGGACUUGGCCCGCCAGUUCUCAAUGCGGCCGAUACAUUCAGAGCGCCAUCGGCUCAGUCAUAUACCCCCCGGCCUGCCAUUCCUAGCAUCCCCAGCAUUUGGACGCCGUUGAGAGAUACUGCCCUUCCACGUACUCCUCCAGGACUUGGUCCACAAGCAAGCCAGCAAGUUCCGCUACAUCCUAUGGCCGCAGGAAAUGCCAUGUCUUCUGAGCGUUCACCGUCACAUGACCAACUUGUAAAUGAGCUUAUGCUUCGACAGCACUUGAUGGCCCAGACUCAAUUCUCAAAUUCAAUGGAUGUAGGAUCAAUGCCUACGCCGUGGGCAUCAUCCAACCUAUCCCAUGGUCCUUCUGGGGUGAAUGGCUGGGAUCAUGGCCGAGCACCCUUUGGCGCAUUUGAACUCCCAACCCAGACAACACCCAGCAGCCUGGGUCAUCCCUCGUGGGCCAAUGAUGCUUUCAUCGCCAGCAGCCUCGCUGGGGCCACCCCCUACAGCUCCGGUAUCGGAGGGCGCAAGCCUGCCACCCAACUUGGAGCAAUUGGUCAAACCCCGCCCUGCGGUCAAGGAGGCUGA